AUCAUUGGGAUGCGGAAAAUCAACACGAAUCAAAACAUUUAGCCUACGUAUCAAUGCGCUUUUAUUAAAGGAAUUUAACAAUUUAGUAAUUUUGCUGUAGGCCUCUCUAAUAUUUGUUUUAUUAAAUAUUAGUUCGUCACAUCCCCUUUGUAACAAAUGGCAUACCCCACACUAUCCAUGUCAACCUACAUUUACAAUCACACAUUCUUGUAUUCUGUCUUCAAUCUCCAAAAAAGUGGCGGUUUCAUUUCUGAAACAAAUCGUUGAAUCCUUUUGUUCCAGAGCUGGGGUUUAACAUCUCACACCCUGUCUCAGCAGCUAAGCAGUCAGCUAACAGCAAAGCUCAAAUUUAUUCCCGGUCAUUCCUUGUUAUUGAGUCUGUCAUUAUUGGAUACCAGUAGAUUACUGGGAAUGCAGACAGACUAAAUAUUUUCUAUGCACGUUAUAACAGAAUAGUACAUUAAUGUGUUGCUGUGAGUGUUCCCUUGAACCCCUUUGUUAGUCUUGUUGGCUAGGCCUAGGCUACUAGUGGAAUAUUUGCGGGAAAUAUUUAGAAACAAUCCAUCGAUACAAAUGUGAGUGACCAAAACUUUACUAUAAAAUUGUUUAUUGUUUUUCAAUUAUAAACAAACACAAGGAAGUGGCCAAAUAUUUGACUCAAAUGAACAACCCGUCCCAUGUCAAUAGUGGUCGCGUGCAGUGUGAUUACUUGCAUUAUGACUCAACGUUGUGUUACCACAUUUACAUAAUGAGUUCCAAAAAUCUCUGUGAGUUCCAAUCUGACGAUGAGUACUGUGACGUUUUCUAGACUGUAAAUAACCCGAGCAAUCAAUGUUCGUUUAUUAGUAGCAACGACUUGUUUCUAGAGACUACUACUUGGAUCACUCUCUGAAACCGUUAAGGUGUCUUGUUCCGAAUGUUGGAGACCUUACCGGAAACUGUACCGGAGAUGUUGGAUGGUGCAGUGCGUCUGUGUUGAAGAUUGACUAAACAUGGAUCCAGCAACUAUGGAUCCAUAUAAUGAUCAACUUGGUCAAGGGGCCAACUGGGUAAAAGAGGCUGGUUCUUCUCAGAUUGUUGAUGCUCCUGCCCAUCUCCCCCUCCCUACGUCCUCUGAUAUCCCUCAGCAGAGCCCCCAGGAGCAGCCUGGAGUCCUCACAGCAUUCCCUGGUUCUCUUGCAAACUUUGGGACUCUUGAGAAGAUGAUUAAGGUUGCAUGGCAGAAGUGUCAGGAGUACCAAUCUAUGUUCUUCAUGUGGUACUGUGUUACCCUGUUGUGCAUACAGAGUAGGGCACAGCCCAUCUCUACACCAGUGAAACACUUCGUGGUCGAGCUUCCCAUCUCUACACCAGCGAAGCCCAUCGUGGUUGAGACGCCGAUCUCUAACCCAGUGAAGCCCAUUGUGGUUCAGCUGCCCAUCUCUCCACCAGUGAAACCCAUCAUGGUUGAGCUGCCCAUCUCUCCACCAGUGAAGCCCAUUGCGGUUGAGCUGCCCAUCUCUCCACCAGUGGAGCCCAUUGUGGUUGAGCUGCCCAUCUCUCUACCAGUGGAGCCCAUCAUGGUUGAGCUGCCCAUCUCUCCACCAGUGAAACCCAUCAUGGUUGAGCUGCCCAUCUCUCCACCAGUGAAACCCAUCAUGGUUGAGCUGCCCAUCUCUCCACCAGUGAAGCCCAUCAUGGUUGAGCUGCCCAUCUCUCCACCAGUGAAGCCCAUUGCGGUUGAGCUGCCCAUCUCUCCACCAGUGAAGCCCAUUGCGGUUGAGCUGCCCAUCUCUCCACCAGUGAAACCCAUCAUGGUUGAGCUGCCCAUCUCUCCACCAGUGAAGCACGUCAUGUUUGAGCUGCCGAUCACUCCAGUGGAAGCUGAGUCGCUUCAGAGAUUUGAGGAUUUGACACAGCGACAUAAAACAAGAAAGACAGACAUGGAAACUUCAGUUCCACAGGCCAGAACUACUCUUCCUCCUCCCUCCAUUUUGGAUUAUUUUGCUCCACCUACAACUCAGAGAUGUCAAAGGGCCCAGGAUUUCUUCCCUCCACCUCCCGUGGAGCCCAUCGUGGUUGAGCUGCCCAUGUCUCCACCAGUGAAGCCCAUUGUGGUUGAGCUGCCCAUCUCUCCACCAGUGAAGCCCAUCGUGGUUGAGCUGCCCAUCUCUCCACCAGUGAAACCCAUCAUGGUUGAGCUGCCCAUCUCUCCACCAGUGAAGCCCAUUGUGGUUGAGCUGCCCAUCUCUCCACCAGUAAAUCCCAUCGUGAUGGAGCUGCCCAUCUCUCCACCAAUGAAGCACGUCAUGGUUGAGCUGCCCAUCUCUCCACCAGUGAAACCCAUCAUGGUUGAGCUGCCCAUCUCUCCACCAGUGAAACCCAUCAUGGUUGAGCUGCCCAUCUCUCCACCAGUGAAACCCAUCAUGGUUGAGCUGCCCAUCUCUCCACCAGUGAAACCCAUCAUGGUUGAGCUGCCCAUCUCUCCACCAGUGAAAUCCAUCAUGGUUGAGCUGCCCAUCUCUCCACCUGUGAAGCCUGUUGUUGAGCUGCCCAUCUCUCCACCAGUAAAACCCAUCAUGGUUGAGCUGCCCAUCUCUCCACCAGUGGAGCCCAUUGUGGUUGAGCUGCCCAUCUCUCCACCAAUGAAAUUCAUCAUGGUUGAGCUGCCCAUCUCUCCACCAGUGAAGCCCAUUGCGGUUGAGCUGCCCAUCUCUCCACCAGUGAAACCCAUCAUGGUUGAGCUGCCCAUCUCUCCACCAGUGAAGCACGUCAUGUUUGAGCUGCCGAUCACUCCAGUGGAAGCUGAGUCGCUUCAGAGAUUUGAGGGUUUGACACAGCGACAUAAAAAAAGAAAGACAGACAUGGAAACUUCAGUUCCACAGGCCAGAACUACUCUUCCUUCUCCCUCCCUAUUGGAUUAUUUUGCUCCACCUACAACUCAGAGAUGUCAAAGGGCCCGGGAUUUCUUCCCUCCACCUCCAGUGGAGCCCAUCGUGGUGGAGCUGCUCAUGUCUCCACCAGUGAAACCCAUCGUGUUUGAUUUGCCCAUCUGUUCAGUGGAAGCUGAGUCUCUUCAGAGUUUUGAGGAAUGUCAAGGGACACAGGAUUUUUUUUGAUUCACCUCCACCACAGGGUUGCCAAAUGGCCCAACAUGGAAUUAACCCAUAUUCAAUGAGAGCAGUAACAGGUGCUCCAAUGAGCAAAUAUCCAGGUUAUCCAUGUACAACUACCAAAGCUGGGCCUGGAAUAUCAGACGCUUCCCUGGUUCACAUGCUCAGACCUCUCUCACCGAUGUUGGUGCCGGAAGAUGAUGGAGGAUGGGAUUCUGCUGGGGUUCACAUGUCCACCCCUGGGACUCCCUUCUACAUGACUCUUCCACUGGACCUUUGAAGCCCUUUAAAGCUAUUUUGCCCGAAGAAAAGGACGCAGUGGAGCAUAGCAUUUUUCUUUUUAAAACAAGACUCAAGCAUACCCCACUUGGUCUUAAAAUAAACUUAUAAUAAAAUCCAAUGAGACCAAGUUUGCUUAUUCCUGUUAUUGAUUUAUUGUAA